CUGAAGCACCUGGCUCUGGGUGGAAGUUUUCGCAACGUUUGUUCUUCCGUGCAUUCGUCAAGGAGAGGUAAAACAAAUUCGUCCCCCACAAUCCCUAGUCGGAGGAAAUGUCUACGUUUAGUGGCGAUGAAACAACACUUUGGCUUCCUCGGCGCCGCUUCGGCUCUCGUCUUUUCAUGUAAUAUGAAUCCCGCCAUCUCUUUAGAUUUCAGAUUCGCGAUCAGAUUGAAAGAUGUGGAUCUUUCUUCUAAGCACAAAAUUGGACUCUCAUUCGAUUUGGUAAUGGUGAUUCGGGUAUGGGAGCAGCCUAUGGGACGACGAAGAGCGGCGUGGGAGUGGCGUCGAUGGGAGUGAUGAUGCUGGAGUUGGUUAUGAAGUCGAUAGUUCCAGUUGUAAUGAUUGGAGUGCUCGGUAUCUACGACCUGAUUAUUAUUGUCACCAUCAGUACCGGUAUAAAUCGUAAGGCCAAAUCGUACUACCUAUUCAACGGCUACGCACACCUUUCAUCUGGAUUGGCCUGUGGUCUCGCCGGACUCUCUGCUGGCAUGGCCAUCGACAUCGUUGGAGAUGCCGGUGUUAGGUACCACCUUCAGAGACCCUCGUAGUCGUGGCAGCCGCUGCAGAUUAUUCAAGUUAAAUAUAAUUGUUUUGUUUUAUUUAUUUUUAAUUUAUUGUGAUAAUGAGGUGGCAAUUGUAAAUUUUUUUAAAUUUAAAUUAUUUAUUAUUUUUUAAUUGAUACGUCACUUAUUUAACGGUCAACUAUUAGAGUUUACUGUCACGUAAGCCAAAAUUCACGGAGACUACUGGAGAGUGACCAAACUUGAAAUGUUGAACUAAUUUAAAUGAUUAAAGAUAGAAUAAAGUAAUUCUAGUGGC